AUGAUUUUGAAGUUCUUGAUCUAUUCUGCUCUUGCAUGCCAGGCUUUGACUCAGUACAACGAUGACAACGACUACAACGAUCGACGAUCCGAUGGGAACGAACGGUGCUUUGAGCAUGAUGAGUUCCCAGAGCCGAGCGAAUGCUGUACCCGAGCUCAUUGGAUCAAUCAAUAUCUGGUGAGACCGUGUCGGUUCAGUAACACGCCACGGAGCGGCCAACGGCAGGAGCAGGAAACUUGCAGCGUAAGUUGUGGCGUGUACCAAAUCCGAAUGGGUAUUCUCAACAACCAGGUGAACAGCGUCCGACUGUUCCGUCCCGCUAGGUUGAGGGGCUAUGGUGACGAGGACUGGAAGCGUACGAUGAUAACGGCGUUGAAGCUAUGCAAGCGGCGAAUCACUUCGAUGGUCGGUAAACGGGUCAUGGAAGCUCGAGAGAUGGAGCAGUGUGACGAAGCGAACGAAAUUUUUUCGGAAUGUUUGGAUGAGCAGUUGUUUUUGCAAUGCCCCCAGCGAGCUUGGAUCCGAUCGACAGGAUGUGAACUGUCAAAGAGCCAUCUGAUUCAGGGCUGUCCAUUCAGGUCGCUGACAGAUGAGACGAAAAAGCAGAGGAAAGAGCGAUACGACCGAAAUCGAGGGCGGAAUGGAAACGAUGGGAACGAUCAGGGCGAUGAUACCAUGGUGGAUGUUGACGACUUUGAUAGAAACGAUAGAAAUCAGGGAUGAAAUCGUGACGGUGGAUACAAUACCAACGGGUGAAACAAAAAUGGAUAUGAUGAUGA